GGGUUUAAGGAGAUAAUUUCAGUUUCAUUUCAUUAGGGUUUAAGCAUCAAUGUUGAUUUCGGCAAAACGGAAAAUGUUCCUCCGCUCCAUCAGAACAACCUACCUCGCUUCCACACGCCACCUUUCCACGGCGGCGCCGCCACGAACACCCUCAUCUUCCUCCCCAUCCGGCGGCGGCGGCGGUAGAGACACGCUGGGGCGGAGGCUGAUGAGCCUUGUGUUCCCGAAACGCAGCGCAGUGGUUGCGAUCAACAAGUGGAAGGAAGAAGGUCACCCUCCGCCACGCAAGUACGAGCUAAAUCGAAUUGUUCGCGAGCUACGUAAGAACAAGAGCUUCAAACACGCGCUUGAGGUCUGUGAAUGGAUGACCUUGCAGCAACAUAUCAAGCUAGUGCAAGGAGACUAUGCUGUCCACUUGGACUUGAUAGCUAAAGUUCGGGGUUUAAACAGUGCAGAAAAAUUCUUUGAGGAUCUUCCUGAUCAAAUGAGAGGCAGACAGACCUGCACUGCUCUUCUUCAUGUCUAUGUCCAAAACAAUUUGGCAGACAAAGCUGAAGCCCUCAUGUCAAAAAUGUCAGAAUGUGAUUUCUUGGGAUGUCCACUUCCUUUCAACCACAUGAUAUCUCUCUACAUUGCAAAUGGGAAGCUAGAAAAGGUCCCGCAAAUUAUUCGGGAAUUGAAGAUGAACACAUGUCCUGAUGUUGUUACUUUCAAUUUGUGGUUAACUGCAUGUGCUCUGCAAAGUGAUGUUGAAACUGCAGAAAGAGUAAUGCUCGAGUUAAAGAAGGCAAAAAUUGAUCCAGACUGGGUAACAUAUAGUACAUUGACUAAUUUGUACAUUAAAAACAAUUGCCUUGAAAAAGCAAGAUCUACUUUGAAGGAGAUGGAGAAUAGAACCUCGCGGAACACUCGGGUUGCAUAUUCCUCUCUCAUUAGCUUGCAUAUGAAUAUGGGGAAUAAAGAUGAAGUUAACCGAUUAUGGAAGAAAAUGAAGGCUUCCUUUCGCAAAAUGAAUGAUAAUGAGUAUCUUUGCAUGUUAUCAUCGCUUGUGAAGCUUGGAGACUUUGCUGCAGCUGAGAACCUCUAUAGUGAGUGGGAAUCUGUUUCUGGGACUCAUGAUGUCAGAGUUUCAAAUAUACUUCUUGCUUCAUACGUUAACCAAGACCAGAUGGAAAUGGCGGAAAAUUUUUAUCAUCGGAUAGUAGGAAAUGGCGUAAGUCCUUCUUACACUACAUGGGAGCUAUUAACAUGGGGCUAUUUGAAAAAUAAGGAUGUGGAGAAAUUUCUAGAUUAUUUUGAGAAAGCCGUUUCUAGUGUGAAAAAAUGGAAUCCUGAUCAAAAGUUAGUGAGAGAGGCAUUCAAAAUCCUUGAGGAGCUGGCUCAUAUUGAAGGGGCAGAAAAAUUGUUGGUUAUCCUUCGCAAUGCUGGCCAUGUGAAUACUGAUGUGUAUAACCUAUUUCUCAACACUUACGCAAAAGCUGGUAAAAUGCCUCUUAUUGUUGCUGAGAGGAUGAAAAAGGACAAUGUUCAGUUGGAUGAAGAGACUCAUAGGCUCUUGGAUCUGACCAGUAAAAUGUGUGUGAGUGAUGCUUCACUGAUUCUGUCCACAGCACCAAUUGAAGGAGUAUUAGAAUAAACUAUGAUUUGGUUGAGCCUCACCUCCAAUUGUUUAUAUUCAUACUCAAAUAUGUGAAUACAAUGACGGGAUUGUUGAUGCUUGUGAAUAAGGUAACAGCGCUGGUAUCAAAUUUUCAGAGGCAGAAUCAGAAGAUUUCCGCUGUUCGAUUCUGUAAUCUAUUCAUGAGGUAUGUUAGCAACAUGUUAAAAUGUUUUUGUACAGGUAAAUAUGGGGCCUAACCCUAACUUGUCACAAUUUUACUAACCCGUUUUCGUCUACUUGUAGUGUAUGCCAAUUCUGAUUUUUGUUUCACAUAUAGAGAACUAUGUUUCACACUUUCACUUACCUAUAUGGAGACUUCUAAAAUUUAUGGAAAUUGAUUAAGUGUGCCAAUGUUGGUAAAGUUGUUUCUUCUGAUUUUCUAACAAGCGGUGGAUGGAUAUUGGAAGUGCAUCUAAGAUGGAAGUUUUGUUGACCUAAAUCUUUGUCCUGUGUAUGGUUCCAUCAUAUCCUGGUUUGGUACGUUUAAUGUGUCUGUUUCUUUUGGACACAAGUACCCAAGAAACUCAACCUUUAUUGAGUUUCACCAACCAUUAUCCUCAGCGUAUUGGCAUUAUUAUUAAUCUUCAAUUUUUCCGAGUUAUGUAUUAACUCUUCUGAUGACUUUGACCUCAUUAGACCUGCUUCAUAAAACUUUGGUGGUUCCUGAAUCAAGAGUUGACUUCUAAUUCUGAAUCAAGAGGUUACUGAAUAAGUAUUAAUAUUAUACACUAGUGUGUGACACAUGAUUAUAUCUAUGUAUUAUAAUCACUUCAUCAUCUCCUAAUCUAACUCGCCUAAACCAUAAUGAAGUUUAUCAUUUAACUUAUUGCAUAAUACAUGAGUAAUAAGUAGCUAAUCUUUAGCAUAAUAGUAUAUCCUCUAUUUUGUGAAAGUAUUGUCUCUUUUGGUUAUUAGUGAUUAUUAUUAAAUCACAAAUAUAAAUAGUAAAAGCAGAAAAUAAAAACUGUAAUUUCUGUAAAUAUUAAAUAAUGAAUUUGUGACAAGUAUCAGUAUGAAGUUAACUUCAAAUGAAAACAUUUAAUUUGUAAUGAACAUAGGUUCUUGGAAGAAUUGUUCCAAUAAGAAUUAAUGCUGGGGUAGAAUAUCUUAUACGGUUUCUAGUUUAAUGUGAUAUCCCCAAUGUGAGGGUACAUUUCAGGGUUCUAUAAUACGAAGAAGAAUAGUAGGUAGAGGAUUGCAACCUUGGUAAUGCAGUUAAGACAAAUGUUUCAUGUUUCAAAUAU